AUGGCGGAAAGUGUAGAUAUACAGAGACUAAAGAUAAAGAAAAGAGUAGCGAAGGCUGGUUUCACGCGCAUCGAAAACUUUAUAAAGGCAAUACAGCCCGACAGUGUUGAUGUAGAAGAAGUAAGAAUAAGAUUAGAUAAGUUAGAGGAGUUGCAAAAAACAUUAGAGGAAAGCCUAGUAGAGUUAGCUGUUUAUGAUAAAGACAUAAGUGAAGAGCAAAUUGACUUGGAGAUUGCAGGUUACGAAGAAAAAUAUGUCAAUCUGAAACGAGCGGGCGUAAGAAUCAUUCAAGAGCGCGUUAAACCAGCCUCAACUGCUAAUCAGGACCAAGCGAUCGCGGAAAUUCCCUUUGAACGUAAUAACGCCGCGUUAAAAGGAGAAGCGGCGGAAGCUAUAGAAUCAAUAGAAAUUACGGGAGCAAAUUAUCGCGAUGCUUGGUACAGAUUAAAAGAACGAUAUGACAAUGAACGAGUCGCAGUUCAAAAACAUAUCAAGGCAAUAUUCGAAUUGCCAGCGCUAAGAAAGGAAAAUAGUAUCGCCUUGCGAAAUUUAUUAGACGGCAUACUAAAACACACUAGAGCGUUAACAGCAUUAAAGCGUCCAGUAAAGGAUUGGGGAGACUUGUUAACAUACAUAGUAACAAGCAAAUUAGAUUAUUUCACUACGAAAGAAUGGGAGGGUACCUUGCAAAGCAAACAAUUGCCUACCUUUCAAGAAUUGAUAGAGUUUUUGACACGAAGGUGCGAGACCUUAGAAACAGUAGCUAGAAGAAAUCCGUCCAUAGAAUUAAAUAGUAAAUCGCGACAAACUAGCAGUAAAUUCACAACGGCUCACGCGGCGAUAACCAUAAACAAAUGCGCUCAUUGCAAGGGUGAACAUUGGAUUUACCAGUGUAAAGGCUUUAAAGAACUUUCAAUUUCAGAUCGUUUGAGUAGAGUAAAAGCGUUAAAACUAUGUCUGAAUUGCCUAAAGGACAAGCACAUAGCAAGGGAGUGCACGGCUGGCAAUUGCAAAAGAUGCUCAAAAAGACACAGCUCCUUGUUGCAUGAUGAUAAAUAUUCAACGAAGGAGGACAGAGAGCAAAAGGACAAUAUAAAAUCUAAUCAACAGGAAGAUGUAAGUCAGGACAAUACAAUAUGCACGUAUGCUCAAUCGAAUAAAAAAGUAAGAUCUACCCAGGUAUUAUUAGCUACCGCCGUGGUAUUAGUUCGAAACGAUAAAGGGAAAAAUGUCGAAGGAAAGGUAUUAUUAGACAAUGGGUCACAGUCCAAUUUCGUUACGGAAGAAUUUGUUAAAAAAUUGAACUUAAAAACUAAAGAUAAUUACAUAAAAAUUCAGGGAAUAAGUCAGCAAGUAUCAAGUGCAUUGAAAUCAGUGGAGUUGCAUAUAAUGUCGCGAUGUAGUACAUUCAAUAUGGAUAUAGAAUAUGUAAUAUUACCAAAGAUUACACAAAACUUACCCCUUGUAGAAGUAUGCGUAACGAACUUGGACAUACCCAAAGACAUUAAGUUGGCCGAUCCGCAUUUUAACACUCCCAGCAAAAUAGAUAUGUUAAUAGGAGCCGAAAAAUUUUGGGAACUUAUUGGUACAGGGCAAAUAAGAUUGGGAAAAUACAAACCGGUGUUACAAGAGUCUUCAUUAGGAUGGCUCAUAUCCGGGCCUAUUAGUUUAUCGCAAUCAAAUAAAGGAUCAUCAACGAGUUGUCAUUUAAGCACUAUAGACGAGUUAAAUCAAAGCGUUAAAAGAUUUUGGGAAAUAGAGGAUUACACCAACGCAAAAAAUACUGAUGCGGAAGAAGAAUAUUGUGAGAGAUUAUUUAAAGCAAGUUAUAAGCGUACAACAGAAGGUAGAUUUGUUGUUAAAUUACCCGUUAAAGAAAAAAUAUUGCCACUGCUAGAGAAUUCUAGGAAGGUAGCUGUUAACAGGUUUCUAGCAUUAGAGCGAAAAUUUGCGAGGCAACCUGAGUUUAAAGCUGAAUACGUAGCCUUUAUGCGCGAGUAUCAACAAUUAGGACACAUGAGAGCCUCGAAUAUAAGCCUAGGAAAUAAAUUUAGAGUAUUUCUCACAUCAUGCCGUAACAAAGCAAAGUAG